GCCAUGUGACUCCAUGGUCAGUUGUGUUCGCGGGGGGGCUCAGUCGGUGCGAGCAGAGCUGCAACGAUGGACCUGGUAAAGGUUGCAGGAGACGCAGUGAGGAGCCACCACGACUGUGCAGAUGUUUACUCCGAUAUGGCCACCGUCAGCUCCAGUGCAGCAGAUAUAGCGGGGUCGGCGAGGAAGGCCUGCGAGACCUCCAUGGGCGCGGGCCUCGGCAGGCGGGGCCGGGCCUACCCGUCGCCGGCCAGGAGACGCCACCGCACCACCUUCAGCCACAAGCAGCUGGAGCAGCUGGAGGCGGCCUUUGGACAAAACCAGUAUCCCGACAUCUACUACAGAGAGGAGCUGGCUCGCAUCACCAAGCUCAACGAGGCCCGCAUACAGGUUUGGUUCCAGAACAGAAGAGCCAAACAGCGGAAGCAGGAGCGGGCCUCCCAGAAGCUCCUCCCCGUGGGCUUGAUGCCGGGCCACAGGGCGCUGCUGGGCGGCCUGCACGUCCAGCCGCCCGCCAUGUCCCGCCAGUACUUCAGCCAGUCCCUGGCUCACAUCCCCUGCCUCCCCCCCGGCGCCUACUCCCGCCCCCCGGGCCCGUGCCCCUGUCCCGGCGUCCCGCCGCAGCCGGCCGGCCCGCGGCAGCCCGAGGACUGGUACGGCCCGCUGAGGAGCGGCCUGGCCUCGCCCGUGUUCUCGCUGGCCCCCAUGCAGCCCCUGGACGCCCCGUCCCACUGGAGCUGAGAAGCUCAGAGGCCCGUUUAAAAAGGGAAAUCGAGUGAACGUGCCGACUAAAUAGUUCACGCGCCCGUCACACUCAUUUCAGAAGUUUUAGACGCAGAGCCUGAGGAUGAAACGUUAUAUAUGUGUUGGUCAGCGAGAAAAACUGAAGAAUUUGUCAGUGUGUAAAAAUAGAUUGUAUCUAAUUUGAGCACAUUAUUAAUCUGAAUAUCCAAGUGCAGAUUUAAAGCCAAAAACAACGUUCAAGUUAAAACGACAUGUUGCAGACCUUUAUUUUAGCUGUAAAUGUAACUUCAGGGUCACACACAGUGUGGGAACUUUCUGUACUGAAAGUUUUUUAACAUUUGUUCCAAUUGGUGUUGAAUAGCAUAUGGAUUCUUAUUUCAUCCUCUAUUGUAGUUUUAUUCUUAACUUCGCUCUCAUCUACUAACACUAAUAGAGAGUGCCCUGUGUGUGGGGGGGGGGGGGGGGUCUUAACAUCAGUGCUACCAUACUGGUAGUUUUCUAUAGAAGUUCGAAUGUUUUCUCUGUUAUGUGUUGCGUGUGCCCUUCAGGGGCCAUUUCAAUGUGUAUCCCUGUACAUGAAGCAGUCACCUUCAAAACCUUUUUCAGUAAAUCAUAAUAAUAAUAAAAAAUCUCCCCCCUCCCACUAAUGCCUCUA